UUCUGUGCUCCUGGGCAACUUUUGUUCUCCUGCAACCAGGAAGCCUUACUGCUGCAAUGAGACAAGACAGGAUGAUUCUCUUCCUUUCUUGGGAAAGGCAUUCUUAAGCCACCUGUGGUGUGACUUUCCUGAGCAAUACCCUUUCCAGAUGUGGAGAUCUUGCUGCUAUUGAAGUAUGAGGCGGAAAUACUUCCAGUGCUGCCUGAACAUGUUAUUUAGGUCAGUUGGAAGGAAGGUGGCAACAUGAAUCAGAGAAAGGGUUGGAAGAGGAGGAAGGUCGUUAAGUAGUGCCUUGCCAUCCCCUGCCAGCACAGGAUUUUUCUCUGCUGGUGCAGAAGGAUGUUUAGAGAUGCCAUUUGUUGUCUCUGUACUCUCUGCAUACUCCUGUGACUAUGAGUAAGUGGACUGGAAAUGAAAGAGAAGACCUCAGACAAAAGCCUUGCCCUUAUCUCUCUGCAUCAGUAUGUCUCUUUCCUGAUGGAUUAGCUAAUCUCUCUCGGAGAUAGACAGAGCAUGGUCUCCUCUUCAUUCCUCUGGAAAACAAGCUGCAUCAGAAUAAUUGCUCUGACUUCAUCCAUUUGGGGUGAAUGAGUCUUCAGAAGAUGCUUUUAUGGAGGCACAGCAAUCCUAUUUUUGUGGCAACUCUUGCUGGUGGAGAGCUGGCAGAAGCAGCUGGGGGGUUUCCCAGCAGCAGGUGAAGGUGGCCCUCAGACCGGCACCAUGACCGAGUGCUUCGACUGCGACAACUGCAAGGAGUCCUUGUACGGGCGCAAGUACAUCCAGAUGGACAAUGGCCCCUACUGCAUCCCCUGCUACGAUGCCCACUUUGCCAAUACAUGUGAUGAGUGCAAGGAGCUGAUCGGCCACGACUGCAGGGAGCUGUACUAUGAGGAUCGCCACUACCACGAGCACUGCUUCCGCUGCUUCCGCUGUGACCGCUCGCUGGCUGACGAACCCUUCACCUGCCAGGACGAGGAGCUGCUGUGCAAUGACUGCUACUGCAAUGAGUUCUCCUCCAAGUGCAUCGCCUGUGAGAAGACAGUCAUGCCAGGAUCCCGCAAGCUGGAGUACAAUGGACAAACCUGGCACGAGCACUGUUUCAUAUGCAGCAGCUGCCAGCAGCCCAUCGGGUCACGAUCCUUCAUCCCAGACAAGAAGGAUUAUUACUGUGUCCCCUGUUACGAGAGCAAGUUUGCUCCUCGCUGCACUCGCUGCAAAAAGACCCUGACCAAGGGAGGAGUGACCUACCGGGACGAGCCGUGGCACAAGGAGUGUUUUGUCUGCACAGGCUGCAUGACCCCCCUGGCUGGCCAGCAGUUCACCUCCCAGGAUGACAACCCCUACUGCAUCAAGUGCUUUGGGAACCUCUAUGCCAAGAAGUGCAGUGCCUGCACAAAGCCCAUCACAGGCUUCGGUGGUGGUAAAUAUAUCUCCUUUGAGGAUCGUCACUGGCACCAUAACUGCUUUAACUGUGCCCGCUGUGACACCUCGCUGGUCGGGAAAGGCUUUAUCCCUGACAAUGAUGAGAUCCUGUGCCGUGACUGCAGCAACGACCUAUGAGCCUUGGAGGACACUGUGGGGCAGGGGCUUUCUCUAUUCUUCACAGUCUUUGUGCCAGUUAGCCCUGACAGCAUUGCAGGGGCAGGGCACAAAGCAUAGGAGAUGAGGGCUGACCCCUAACCACUGUGUGUUCAGGAGGUUCCCGUGCCCCUCCUUGAAGGCUAGAGUAUGCUACACUGUGGCUCUGUGCAGAGCCAAAGCUAAAUAAAGUUGAAAAGGAGCUUCAAGAUCCCCAUUAUUUACUCUUUCCUUUUGCUUACUGUCUGACUGGGCAUGAGCUGAGCAAAGGGCAGCAGCAGCAGCUUCAGUGCAGGGCUGCUGGGUCUGCACGCUGGUAGCACGCAUUCGCUCCCCUGGGCACGGUGCUCAUCCUUCUUCUUUUUUCCCUGCUCUGCGUGCUGCAGGGCAGCAACUCCUGCUCUGGUCUUGGCGGUGUUCACGGUGGAUGGCUUUGCAGCCCAGCAUUGCACAACCUGUGCAUGUGGGGCUCUCUGCUCUAUUCGGGAGGCUUGGGGACACCGGGCUGGAGCGGGAGCACGUGUCACCACCAUGGGAUUCCUGCAGCCACUCUGCCACCUAUGUGCUGCACCCUUUGCUCAGCGUGGCUCUGCGACAGAGCUCAGGCACUUGCAGGGCUGUAGCGCUGCCCCAGAAAACCCCUGCCUGUCCUUAACUGUUAACAACGAGGUCUAAAGGCUCACACGAGCCUUGCCCGGUGGCUUGGCUGGCCCUGCCCCCCCAGAGCUCCUCUGCAGAGGGAGCUUGUGCUUCUGCCUAGUCUGCAUCCCCCUUGCUUCGCCCUGCAUGGGGCCCUUCCCCCAGCCCUGCUUUCCUGCUUAACCCGUGCUUCUCUGAAGGCAUCUUCUUGUGAUGUUUAUUCAUUUUUGGUUUUGUUUUUUUUUCUUUUCCUUUUUUUGUAUUCUUUUGUCAUGAUUAUCUGUUAUUGUGUAACCAGCUGUGGGAUGAAGGGACUCUCCUGCCUGCCCAGGAUUCAGUAGGAGCAGAAAAAAUUAUGCAUGUUGAAGUGUUAUUAACUCUGUAUUCAGGUCCUGCUUGAACCCUCGUUUGAAAGCUUUGAUGCAGGCAAAUCAGAGUUUGUGUGUUUGCUAUUCUGAGGCGCUUGGAGCAGUCUCUAGAAGGAAGUGUCCUGAAUGUCAGCCCCUUGUAUGUUUCCUAAGGCUUUAUAUAAUAAACCGUUUUAGUGACA